AUGAUUGGGAAAGCCUCUGUGAACAUGUUCCGUGGCGUCCAGCGCGCUGCUGGUGCCCGCUCGUUUUCGUCGACGGUCCUGCGCCGCAGCUACGACGACACCGUGAAGAACAUCUACGUGAAGAAGGACUCGCCUAUCAUCUGCCAGGGUUUCACCGGUAAGACGGCCACAUUCCACUGUGAGCAGACGCUCGCCUACGGUACUAACCUCGUGGGUGGUGUCUCCCCGAAGCGUGCUGGCCAGGAGCACCUCGGUCUGCCUGUGUUUGGUACGGUGAAGGAAGCUGUCGACAAGACCAAGCCUGAUGCAUCGGUGAUCUACGUCCCCCCUGCUGGUGCUGCCGAUGCCAUUAUUGAGGCCGUAGAGGCUGAAGUGCCUCUGAUCGUGGCUAUCACCGAGGGCAUCCCGCAGAAGGACGAGAUCCGCGUGGCCAACGUGCUGAAGCAGCAGAGCAAGUCGCGUCUGAUUGGUCCCAACUGCCCUGGUGUGAUCAACCCGGAGGGCUGCAAGAUCGGUAUCAUGCCUGCUCACAUCCACAUGCCCGGCAAGAUCGGCAUUGUGUCGCGCUCGGGCACGCUGACGUACGAAGCUGUCAACCAGACAACGAACGUCGGCCUUGGUCAGUCGCUCUGUGUCGGUAUCGGUGGUGACCCUUACCCGGGCUCCACGACCGUCGAUCUCGUCAAGAUGUACCUGGAGGAUGAGCGCACGGAGGGUAUCGUGAUCAUUGGUGAGAUUGGUGGCAGCAUGGAGGAAGACGCUGCUGAGUACCUCGAGAAGUACAACCUGACCCGCCCUAACCCCAAGCCCGUGGUCGCAUUCAUCGCUGGUCGCACGGCCCCUCCCGGUCGUCGUAUGGGCCACGCCGGUGCUAUCAUUAGCGGCGGCAAGGGUGGUGCCGACUCCAAGGUCAACUCACUCCAGAAGGCCGGUGCCGUGGUCGCUGACAGUCCCGCCAAGAUCGGCGAGCUCAUGCUCCAGGCUAUGAAGCAAGCCGGCAGGGCUUAA